CGUUUCUAAACGUCAAAUAAUCUAGGUUAAGAUUCCUUUCUGUAUUUAUAAGUGUCUGUUGUCGUUUUUAUCUUUUAUCAGCCUGUUUACAUUUUUUAUAAAUGGGGACGGAUAAAUUGUUUGUUGUUUCCCUAUUGUUAGUUAUUCUAACAUAUGUACAGGGCCAAACUUAUGAAAAUAGUCGAUGUAAAUGCGUUUGUCCUAGCAUAUCAUCGGUAACAAAUAGUACAGAUGCAACACCAUCGGUCAUAAAACCAAUUAUUACAAAUGUUCCACCAAAUAAAUGCAAUUGCGAAGGUGUUGUUUUACCAAAAUUAGGUGACAGCAUAAAAGGAAAAGAGCAAGAAUUUUGUCCACGCUGUGAAUGCAAAUAUGAAAAUAGGAAUAUAAACAUUAUUAAGGUUGUUGUCAUCAUUGUUAUUUGGGUUAUUUCUAUAUUGGUUGUUUAUAUGGCCUUUUUAAUCAUAUUGGAUCCUUUACUUAAUAAGAGAGUUAAAGGAAAUUAUCAAGAACAUACUAAUGAAGAGACAAUUCUUUUACUCCAGGAUGAAACGGCCGCGGGUGUUGGCGGCCCCAUGUCUCAUAACAUGAGUGUCAGGGGGAAUGUUUUCAAUCGUGUCGGACACGAACAAGACAAAUGGAAAAAACAGGUCAAAGAGCAAAGGAAGAAUAUUUACGACAGACACACCAUGCUAAAUUAAUUUUAUUCACCCCGUUAACAUUAUAACUUAUUUGUAAUAUUUACGAAUACUACUCAACGUAUUAACAGAUAAAUAAUCAAAUGUG